CCAGAAAACUUAAACUUGCACUCGUCUUCCACUUAAAGCAGCUUCAAAGUUUUUUUUUUUUUUCGUCAGCUUCAAAGUUUUUUAGCUAUAAUCCCUGAGGAACUAUCCUCAUGUCUCUCUCCAGUUGCUUGCUUCCCUUUUCUCAAUCAGCGACGGCUCCGUCAUCCUCCGUCUGCCCUUGCCACCUCGCCUCCUCUUUUUCGAAUUUUCCGGUUUCGUCAAGAGACUAUAUUUUCUCCAGAAAUGGAAGCCUUGUGCUCAACGGAGGAGGCUCGAAUCUCUGCCGGAGAUUCUGUGGGUUGAAACUGUGGAUACUUAAGAGCUUGAAUCGUAGACAAGGCAACAACAGAAAAUAUCAGCCUGUAAACGAGCUUAAAACACGCUCAGAGCACACUUUUCUUAGCAAUGAACAAGAUUUUGGUGAAGAAACUGGAGCUGCAGAUUUACGGCCAGUAGAGAAUAUUCUAGGAACUGAUUUGAAUGAUGGUUUUCACAAAGUUGGAGACUUACCACCUGUGUCAAAACAAUUCUCGGACGGUCGUUCAGAUGUUCGAAGAGAGGCCUCGCUUUGCAUUGCUGUUGUAGGAGCUACUGGUGAGCUAGCAAGAGGGAAGAUUUUUCCGGCAUUGUUUGCGUUGUAUUAUAGCGGCUACCUUCCUGAGGAUGUUGCUAUUUUUGGGGUUUCAAGAAAGAAUCUGACAGAUGAAGACCUCAGAUCCAUCAUCGCAUCAACUCUGACUUGCCGCGUUGAUCAUCAGGAAAAUUGCGGGGACAAGAUGGAUGCAUUUUUUAGUAGAACAUACUAUAUCAAUGGAGGUUACAAUAACAGAGAUGGGAUGUCCCGACUUGCCGACAGAAUGAAACAGAUUGAGGGUGAAUCAGAAGCAAAUAGGAUCUUUUACCUCUCAGUACCUCAAGAAGCUCUGGUGGAUGUGGCAUGCACCAUUGGAGAUAAUGCUCAGGCACCACGAGGCUGGACUCGUAUAAUAGUUGAGAAACCUUUUGGUUUUAACUCACAUUCGUCUCAUCAGUUAACAAAAUCACUUCUCUCUAAGUUUGAAGAGAAUCAAAUCUACAGGAUAGAUCACAUGUUAGGAAGGAACCUCAUUGAAAAUCUGACAGUGUUAAGGUUUUCAAAUCUAGUUUUUGAACCACUAUGGAACAGAACAUACAUACGCAAUAUACAGGUUAUUGUAUCAGAAUCAAUUGCGCAAACAGAAAAGUAUUCUGAUGGAUAUGGAAUAAUACGGGACAUAGUGCACAGCCAUAUACUUCAGACAAUCGCAUUACUUGCCAUGGAACCUCCGAUAAGUCUUGAUGGUGAAGAUAUCCGAAAUGAAAAGGUGAAGGUUUUAAGAUCAAUUCGCAAAAUAGACCCGCGUGAUGUCAUCCUUGGCCAGUAUAAAUCCAGUUCCCGAGACAAGAACGGUGUGAUCUUAAACGGUGUAGACCCUACAUAUUGUGCAGCAGCCUUGUAUAUUGAUAAUGCACGUUGGGAUGGUGUACCUUUCCUUGUAAGAGUUGGCACUGGCCUCAUUAAACACAGAGUGGAGAUUCAUGUGCAAUUCCGGCAUGUUCCUGGAAACCUAUACCGAGAAAAUAUUGGAAUAAACAUAGAUUUGGGGACAAAUGAGCUUAUUCUACGUGACGAACCUGAUGAGGCCAUCCUGGUGAAAAUCAACAACAAGGUUCCUGGUUUAGGUCUCCAGCUAGACGCUUCUGAACUUAACCUGCUCUAUAAAGACAGGUAUAAAGCCGAAGUACCAGACUCAUAUGAACACCUAAUUCAUGAUGUAAUUGAUGGAGACAAUCAUCUGUUCAUGAGAAGCGAUGAGGUUGCAGCAGCGUGGAACAUUCUGAGUCCGGUUCUAGAAGAGAUAGACAAGCACCACACAGCUCCGGAGUUGUAUGAAUUUGGUGGACGAGGACCAGUUGCAGCAUACUAUCUCUGGGCCAAGCACGGUGUCCCAUGGGCAGAUGACUGAAGGAGUAAUAUAGAUGCAGCAACAUCCAAAUGAGAAUGAUUCUGAAUCUGUGCAACUCAGAUUGUUCAGUAUGGUUAUUGUGAAGUGUGUGAAGUGGGUUUGUUUAGCUUGAAACUGAGCCAUUCCCUGUAGACUGUACAGCUGUACACAUGUAUGACACGUUGCUGUAUGAAUGUCCAUCAUGGUGGGGUCCAUAAUAGUGUUGAAAACUCUCCAAAGCCACCCAAAGAAAAGUAGAAAGUAUGAGAGACUUUUAGAUAAGGUCAUGUUGUUAGUCUUCCCACUAGAGGCAAUAAUUAUAUCUCCUCCACCAAUUCCCGCAGAAAAUUCUUCCAGAUGUAUCAUGUGUUGAUGAUCAAAGUAGGAUGAAAAUGAUGUAGCUAGAGAGAAAUAUUUUCAAAGGGAAAGGAAACGAGAGUGGCUCAAUGGAUAGAGACAAAAAGAGGGUGAAAAUGGAGAAGGAAGAUGAUGAAGAAGAAAAGAUGGAGAAGUUGUACACCGUGCUUAAAAACGCAAGGGAAAUGCGGAAAUAUGUCAUCAGCUCCAUGGAGAAGAAGAGACAGGAAGAAGAAGAAAGAGCAAGGGUUCGUAGAUUCCCUUCGUUUCAGCCAGAGGAUUUCAUUUUCAUGAAUGAAGCAGAGGGCAACAACAUCGAAAAAGCAGCUAAUGAGAGCUCUUCAGCAUCCAACGAGUAUGAUGGCUCAAAGGAAAAGCAAGAAGGAUCUGAGACAAACGUUUGUUUCGACUUGAAUCUUUCUCUGUAGUAUACAAGAGACAAAGAGCUCUUCAGUUUCUGUACAAGCAACAAAGAAUGUUAGUAACUAUGUAUGUACCAAAAACAAAUGUGACAUGGAAUUCUAGUUUUGCUUGAAGAGUGAUCAUCACUUCUUAUUAA